UCUCCUAAGCAGCGACUAUAAAAGGAGCUCCAGACCAGGCCAACCACAGCAACUCAAUUGACACCUAUGCAGAUCACAAAACCUAGCUCGUGUGCAUUAGCUAGCUCGUCCAUCGACACCGUGCAUAAAAUAUACCGCGACGUUGAUCAAGAUGAGGGAGCUGAUGCGGCGGCUGAGCUUCUCGGACCGCGUCAGUGACGGCAGCGGCGGCGUGCCGCGCGGGUGCGUGCCGGUGCUGGUGUGCGACGGCGAGGGCGAGGGCGAGCGGUUCGCGGUGCGCGUGGAGGCGCUGCGGCACCCGUCGUUCGCGGCGCUGCUGGAGAUGGCGGCGCAGGAGUUCGGGUACAAGCAGGAGGGCAUCCUCCGCGUCCCCUGCGCCGUCCACCACUUCAAGGACGUCCUCGCCGCCGUCUCCGUCUCCUCGCCGCGCGCCAGGAACUGAUCCAUGCAAUAAUGGAAAUUAGUUACUGCUACUUAGAUAAUUAAGGAGCAUUAGCUUAGUGCUCACGAAGGUUGGGAUGCUCUGGAUUAGCUACUUGACUUAAUUACCUUCUUCUUCUCUUCCUUCUUUCUUGUUAAUUUUACCUUCUGCUUCUUUGGUUUCGUGGUUGCAACAAGAUCGACGGAGAGGGUUGCUAUAUGCAUCAGCGCAUUGUAGGCCCGUGUACUUAAGAUUAGACCUCCUGUCAGAUGUUCAGUGAAAAUAAUGGAUCCCUCAGGCUGCAUAUAUUUAUUUUCCAA